AUGGUCGGCACAUUUAAUCCCUGUAUAAUAUUUUCAGUUUCUGUCUGAGGCUGCUACAAUAAUAGGCAAAACGACCAAUUAAACAAGUUGCUAAGGUUUGUGUCUUUUAAUUGGCUGUAAAGCUACGUUCUGUCAAUAAUUUUGCGUAUUUGGUGAGUAAUAACAUUGUUUCUCUGUUUUUAGGUAAUGGCAUUGCCCAUUGAUCGCAAUUUGUUGAAUUCGGAGGUGUUGAGUCUUGUUGAAACUGUUGAUUUGAAAGAACUUACAAGCAAAUAUGUGCGCAAUAGUCUCGAGAAGAAGCAUGCCGUUGCUUUGAAGGCCUUUAAAACAAUAAUUGAUGAUGUUAUCCGUGAAUCCAUUAAACAAGUUUACCCCAGAGGGCCUGAUGGACCAAAAAUUUUGACACAGGCGGAGAGCAAAAAUGGAGAUAAGAAACGGAAGGCGCAGAGUUCAGAUGGCUCCGAUUCGGAUGUGGAACCUCGGCCCAGUACAUCUCGGGGAGAGAACAAGAAGGUGAAGGUUGAUGAUGAUUUCCCGAUGGAAUUUGUGGAUAAAUAUGAACAAAUUAAACUGAGAAGAGCAGCACAAAGGAAUCAGAGACGACGGCCUCAGAAGAAAGAGAACGGUGAUGCGCCAAAGAAGUCAGCGUUCUCCAAGAUAUGUUUGCUCUCGGAUGAAUUGUAUGAUGUCUUGAAUCAACGAUAUAUGUGCAGAUCUCAGGUUGUUAAAGGAAUGUGGGAUUACUUCAGAGAACACAGUUUGAUUGAUCAAAACAACAAGCGAUUUGUAAUUCCAGAUGAUAAAACUCGGGCAAUUUUUGGGCCGAAAAAGUUUCUUGUAAGUGUUGCAAUCGGUAUUUUUAUUUUUAGGUUAAGAAGGAUUGUGCUUCUUGGGUUUUGAAAUGGUAAAAAUGUUUUCUGAUUUGGAUAUAUGAUUUUUAUAGUUAACUGAAUUAAUUUCAGGCUUUCGGAAUGAUGAAGACAUUGAAGAAUCACAUCCAUGAUCUCGAAUUCUUGGACAGUGAAGCUCGGGAUAAUGCUGUUAUCGAAAUCAAGGACCUCUCGGCUGCAGGUGUUCUUGAUCUUUCUACUGUGAAGUUGCCAUCGUUUUUUGAUGCUCCUAUUAAGAAUUCCAAAAACAACAAGGAAAAGAAGAAAGCGAAUUCGGUCAAAGAAUCUAAACCAAAGCGAAAUAAUGUCAAAAAUUCAAAAGACAUCGUGGAGGAUUCAGAUGACGACGACUCGGAUGAAGAGGUGGUUGAGAAAAAGUCGCAGAAUAAUAAUGAUAAUGGCACGGGAAUAAAGCGGACGGAGACGAUUGAAGCGCAGAAAGAGGAGCGCCCCAAAUUGGUGCUUAGAAUUUCGAAAAAGAACGAGCGGGUAAGCUAGAGGCGGAGAGAGUGAAAAACCACCUUUUCAGAUGGUUUCGGUGAGUGUGAAUGAGAGCGAUGGGCAGUUGAAAAGGAGCGCGGAGGACAGUGACCAGUUCACGACCCCGUCAGCGACGACCACCCCUCUUGCAAACGACCUCCCCGAUGAUUCAUCCGAGUCCAACAACGACGCCCCACCAACCCUCCAACCAGAAAUGCCUCAAGCUAACGAAAUAGGUCAACAGGACUCAAGUUCGAGCAGUUCGAGCUCCUCGAGCUCUGGAUCUUCAUCUUCUUCGGACAGUUCGUCCAGCGAUUCGGAUUCAGACGAUGAUGGCAAGAAAAAAGAUGACUUGAAACUUAGUGAAUCCGACUCCGAUUAG